AUCACCAAAAGUAUCACAUCCGUCAAAUUCUAUUAACUAUCUACCCUAAAUUCACAAUGAAAGCGGUUUUUGCCUUUACGAUUCUUACAGCAUUGAGCCAAAAUGCACUUGCACAAUCGUGUAUACCUGACGGCGACAUUGGACCAAGCCCCCCAAAGCGGCAACUGUUGCGCUGGCUGCGCAUGGAAUAGUUAUUGCAAUGGCAGAGGCGGUAUAACGUACUAUUGCCCAUCGGUCUCAGGCACUAGAUGUAACUUAAAAGGCCCUUCUCAGCCCUGUUUCUAGGCUGUAAAUUUCAGCGUGUUGUGGGAAAAGAAUCAAGAGGCUAAAAUUACAUUGUGUAUUUCUGCGCCAGAAUGACUCUUAUGUAGAGUUUAUAUCAACAUAGAUGUGUACUCAAUCGGUAUACAUAUUUACGCUC